UCCCUUCCUCUCACACAAGAUGUAGAUCUGCUCUAACCUGUGAAGAGGGCUCAGAAGAUCAAAGUGAGACUCUGAUUGAAGUCCCUGCCAGUCCCACUCCUCUCCCAUUUGGGGGGACAGCAGUAUCUCAAGUGCAGACAUCAGUAUGCCUAGUUAGACUUUGGAGUAAAUCAGGAAAGGAUAGCAGGAUUGAGGAUUCAAUGCCAUGUUUUUGCAUCAGGAGAGGCCACUGUGUGAUUACCAGUAUUCACUCAACUCUCAGCCCAAGAACUAUGCUUAUUGCCCUCCAGAUUGGAAGGAUGCUGCUUACCACGGACAGUCAUGGGAUGCCGGUAUUGCCGGAGGCGACACCGAAAUAUCGUCGCUUCAAGUCCGGGUGUCUCUGCAGGGUCGUGAACUUUGGGAAAAAUUCGGAGACUUGGAUACAGAGAUGCUCAUUACAAAAACAGGAAGGCGGAUGUUUCCGAGCUGCAAAGUCACUGUGACGGGGUUGAACCCUCGGGCAAAGUAUGUACUGAUGAUGGACAUGAUCCCUUUUGAUGAUAACAAAUACAAGUGGUCCAAGGAUCACUGGGAGGUUAGUGGUGUGACAGACCCUCAUCUAGCCAACCACUUCUUCAUCCACCCGGACUCACCCGCUCUGGGGGAGAGAUGGAUGCAGUACCCAGUCUCCUUCCACAAGCUCAAGCUUACCAACAACACACUUAACUCAAAUGGCCUGGUGAUUCUCCACUCCAUGCAUAAGUACUUGCCCCGCUUGCAUAUAAUCCAAUCCCCUGACCCCUGCAGCCCUUUCUCAGGAGGCUAUCUGCGUUUCACCUUUCCAGAGGCAGCCUUCAUAGCAGUCACUGCCUACCAGAACGCUGAGGUAACAAAGCUCAAAAUAGACAACAAUCCUUUUGCCAAAGGCUUUCGUGACAGUGGACUGAAUAGAAAAAGGUUCAGAGAGAAGGAGAAAACAAGCCCUGACAAGCAUGUGGAUGAACAAGUGAUCAUACCUUCAAAUGUAUUCAGACCUGUAGAUGCAGCCAAUGAAAAUGACAGCACAGUAUCCAGCUCAGUGGACUCCCAUGGAACGGACUACAGGCUGGACAACACACUUCGACCGACAGCCCCAAACCCAUUCAUCUCAGCCUUCAUGAACCGGGGCCCUGCAGCCCUGCCCUCUGAGGAGUGGGCAAACAGCCCUCAAAGUACACCAAGCACCCAAGAUUACAGCAGCCCUGUGCAUACUGAAGCAGUGUGUCCUCGCUUGCGAAACGUCGCCUCUCCUCUCUUCACACACACACUGGGCCAGACACACUCAGGAUUGGUCGGUUUCAGGCGGCCUGCACCAUACAGCAGUCGAGCGAUAGGACCACCUCAGCACCAAGGCCUUGGUGCACCCCCCCUCGACACCACCCCCCUCCAGACCCGCAGACGGAGCAUCAGCACCAGGCUGACUUUGAACCCCCUCCCCCUGCCCCCUAAGGUCAGCAGGAUCCACCUCUCGGAGAGCGCCUUGCGUUCCCUGGAUAUGAGCCCGUCCUGCGACCCAGGAAGCCCCAGGCCCCUCGCCAACAUCCUCAACAGGAUCCACAGCCGGGGGGCUUCCGUCUCUGGGAGUCCUGGGAAGCUGCACCAGGCCCAGUACGAGAGGCCAAGCCUGGGGCUGGAGAGACAGCUACGGCCCCCCUACCCACCACAGCUGGAGCACACAGGAGACUACCUGCCCAUCCACGGCACGAUGCUUUACCAGAACAGCCUGAUGGGUCCUGUAGGCCCUCUCUGGGAUUACCAUGGGAACCCCAGAGGCCCCUCCUCACUGGAGUACUCUUAUAAAACACCUUUGCUUGACUACUUCUUAGAGGACCAGAGUGGAAAGUAAAUGCUUCCAAAAACAAGCUUAUAGAUAAUGUUGAAUAAACUAGACAAUACAUUCCUCCUUACAAUGUUAGCAGAUGCUCUGACGUGUGAAGAAUAGGUUUUCAAAAUUGUUAAAUUUUUGGUCAAAAGUAAUGUUAUUACAAGAGUGUGUAUAUAUUUCUUUUUUGUUAUCAAGAAUUAAAUGGAUUUUCCCAUUU